AUGUCAUCAACACAAUCUACCCCCUUCACAUACUUUCGCAAUUUCCCUCCAGAGAUCCAAUUAGAGAUCUUGAAUCACUGUACCCGAAACGACCUUGUUUGCUUGUCUUUAACAAACCACGACUUCCGGGCCUUCAUUACACCGCUGAUCAAAUCCAAACCGCAUCUAGAAUGGGUUGAUCAGCUUGGUACUACACCUGAUGUACCUCAGAGCUGUCCUCUGGAAAAAUCAGAUAUCUACCACCGCUCUUAUUACAUGCGCACCGUGUCAAACGACACGCUACCCCAGCCCGCGCCUGCUUCAAAUGCGAGUUCUAUCCUCCAGACCAUCCUACAUGCCAAGUACCUUUUUGCAAAAAGCAAUGCAUGUGUAUUUCGUGUCCUCUCUUCAUCAGAUUACGCGGCUGGAUGGGCGAGAGGCGAUACUGCAGCCAAUGUACACACGGAAGAGUAA